AUGUAUAUUGGAGGAGUUGCAGUAAUGGAGCUGAGGCUUCAGAAAUGUCCAGCAGAAUGGAGCAGAAUCAUCAAACCUAUAGAGGUUCAGAUGAUUUCGGAUAAGAAUGAAUGGCCACCAGUUAGUCCAGAUGCUAGAAUAUUAUAUUCCUUAUUAUUCUACAGUCAGGGCCCUGUUGAUGGUUACCUUAUUGGAGAAAAAGCAAGAGACUUUUUCCUUCAUUCAGGAUUACCAUUACCUACCCUUAGUCAAAUCUGGAACCUAGCAGACAUCAGUAAUGACAAUCUACUCACAGUGGAAGAAUUCAUUCUCACCAUGUAUUUCUGUCAUGGAGCUCUUCAGGGAAAGAAACUACCCAGAUCCCUGUCUGCUGCUUUACGACCACCAGAAAAAUCUCCUGUUUCCCUUCCAUUUCUGACACAGGAAGAGAAAAUCAUCUUCUCUAAGAUUUUCGAAGCUAUUGAUGUAAAUAAUACUGGUUUUAUUGAAGGUUCAACAGCUAAGGUCAUCUUGACAGCUACUGGUGUUAAUACAGAAGAGUUAAAGAUUAUCUGGGAUUUAUCUGAUAUUAAUCGAGAUGGAAGAUUAGAUUAUGGUGAAUGGACCGUAGCUUGUCAACUUAUCAAACUUAUCAAACAAGGUCAAUCACUAGAUGUACCAAUUAAUGUGUUUACUAAUUUACCAGAACGUAUAGCACCAGGAUCACUACAGGCUGGUAAAAAGAGAGUUGCUGAAUAUGAAGAAAGAAAACAGAAGUUGAUGAAAUUGAAAGAAAGAAGACGUCUGCAAUCUGAAAGAGAGAAAAAAAGAUUGGAAUUAACACAGAAAAAAGUUGCUCUCCUGACACAAGUGUAUGAUGUUCUAGAAAAAGAAAACAGUACACAGUUACCAGAGUUACAGAAAAAAAUAGCAGACGACCGAGAAAAUAUUGAGAAACAAGAAAUAAUUGUUUACAGGUUAAAGAAGGAACAUGAGAAAGUGAGACAAGAAACAGUAAAGAUUAUUCUUGAUGAACAGAAAGUUAGUUCAGAUAUAAAACAGAUUAAAGAACAGACUGACGAACUCAACAAGACAUUGAGAUCAUCUCAUUCGAAAGCUACCAAAGAUCCUGAUCCAUUUCAUCAGCUGUAUGAAGAAAGAAAAGGUAUAAUAACAUUAGAAUCUCAAGUUAUUUUUAACUUAGUCACUCAUUGCUGCAAAAUUAUGAAGUUUUUAGAUGUAAUGAUAACUAAGAUUCUUAGAAAAAGGAGAUUUCUAAAAAGUGCAGAAACAAUAAUCAGUAAAACUGUUUUUGGUGAAAUAAUCAGCAGAGCAAUUAGAAGUUAG